AUGGUUGACCAUUUGAUCCAGAUGCCGCAGAGUGUCUGCAGCGCCAAGCAGCUGCACGACAUACGCCCGCGUAUCUACCGCCAUAUUUUCGAUUCAACCGGCAAGUGCGCAAAGCGCCAGGAGCUUCCCUUGGCGGGACCUCAGGCCCUGUACCGGCUAUUUGCCAUGACCCGGAUCCAGCUCCGGUUUGGGCGCCUUCUGGAUCUGCUCGUUCACAGCAAGACCUUCUUCAGCAGCAGCGUUGGCCUUAUCAUGGAAGUCACCGCCGUUCUGGCUGUUGCCAUCUUCAAUAAAACGCGUGCCUGCUGCCCCAGUUGUCGAUCGCUCAUUAGAAACUACGAUCAGGAGCAGAAUCUAGUGGUGCGCCUGACCCUCUGGGAGCUACCCAUCAGCUGCCCCAGCUGCAAUGACCAGUUCUCAGAUAGGAAAGAUCUCUCCAGACACUUGGAGUUCGUUUGUGAGGGGCGUGUGGUUUGCUGCAAGUACCACUGCGUGGGCUGUUCUUGGAAGGGCCCCUACAAGGACAGCGUCUCACAUGAUUCCGACUGUGGGUUUCCCCAGAAGCAGGGAAAGGAGAUCCUAGAUAUGCUGCAUGUCGAGGACAGGGAGCUUGAGGCCCAAAAGCCCGUGUUGCAGCUCCAUCGGGUGCUGAGUGCUAGCCGGGUGGAAUUUUUCACCUUGAGAAUGAAGUGGAUACACCGCUCAGAGGGUUUACACCCACGGACCCUCGAGUCUGAGACGAUUCGUGCCUUUGAGGAGGAUUGGGUGCUGCGUCUACGUCUGAAAAGAGCUGGGGAAAAAAUCACCGUCAGCGGCCAGCUAUUGCUUUCGACUACCCCACGAGUGUCCCUCAUGGUUGACCAUUUGAUCCAGAUGCCGCAGAGUGUCUGCAGCGCCAAGCAGCUGCACGACAUACGCCCGCGUAUCUACCGCCAUAUUUUCGAUUCAACCGGCAAGUGCGCAAAGCGCCAGGAGCUUCCCUUGGCGGGACCUCAGGCCCUGUACCGGCUAUUUGCCAUGACCCGGAUCCAGCUCCGUUUGUGGAUGUUUUUGCAUUAUUGA